AUGAACUUCUUCAGCUCAGCACUUGGGAAGAACAUCACAUUUGUGCGUCCUGCAUAUUUCAUAAUAAGUGGAUUUAUUGGCAUACCUAACAUUAAGUAUUACUAUGUCUUUCUCCUUUUUGUUUAUAUUGUUUCAGUUCUGGGAAAUACAGCUGUGAUGUCUGUUAUAUGCUUGGAUCAUAAUCUGAGAACUCCAAAAUAUAUUGCAGUCUUUAACUUAGCAUUUGCUGACCUGUUUGGUAGCUCUGCUGUGGUGCCGAAGGUUCUUGACAUCUUUCUGUUUAAUCACCACCACAUCCCCUUCAACAACUGCUUUACGUUCAUGUUUUUCUGCUACACCUGCCUCUCAAUGCAGGCUCUUAACCUGGUUGCACUUGCCUAUGACAGACUGGUAGCCAUCAUAUUUCCACUGCACUAUCAUGUGAAGGUGACUCACAGAUUCAUGUUUUCUUUGAUUGCCUCUUUCUGGCUCUUUGUCAUUACUGUUACACUUAUUGCAGUUUGCCUUCUCACACAACUUUCCUAUUGUAAAUCUGUGAUCAUUAACAGCUAUUUCUGUGACCAUGGCCAAAUAUACCGGCUGGCCUGCAAUGACUAUCCACCCAGUUUGGUCAUUGGUGUUUUAUUACCAGUGCUUAUUCUUUGGCUUCCACUAGCAUUCAUCUUGUGUACUUACCUAUAUAUUGGCUAUUCUUUGAGUAAAGUGGCCACAUCUCAGGAGAGAGUGAAGGCCUUUAAAACCUGCACAGCUCAUCUUUCAUUAGUUGCAAUCUAUUUCCUCCCAGUAUUAAUCACAUUUACCUAUAUGGAAAAAAUACAUCCAAAUGCCAGGAUCAUAAACCUGUCCCUCACCUCUGUCUUUCCUCCCAUGUUGAACCCAAUUAUUUAUGUUCUGCAGACACAAGAAAUCAAAAAAUCAGUAAAAAAAUUAUUUAGAAUCAGAGUGUAG